GUUUUCUUCGUUUUCGCCCCGCCGGCCGUUUAAUUUCCUCUCCAGCGAUAAUUCGUUCCUCCUCUCUCAUAGUCGCUCGCCCUAAUUUGUUGGGUUUACCUCCCAAAUUUCUUCAAUUUCCAACACCCUACCAGAUUUCGCGUCAUGCGCUCAUUUCUAGGGUUUGCGUCCAUUACUGCCACUGUAUGAAUCCCGCCGUGCUAUCAUAGGAUCGAGAAAAUUCGUUGACAGUUUUGGCUGAAAUUCCCUGUGUUUCUUUUGAUUCAGUUGGUGUGCGUGGUGAAGUUUGAAGCUUCGGGUUGGAGGACGGGGCGGUGUUGUGUUUACAGUCGCGGGGGAAAAGUCUAUCCCACAAUUCAGAUGAAAAAUGUCUGAUAUGGCUAGAAUGGUAGUUGAGUUGAAGCUGGAGAUAGAUAAGGAGCCAUCUUGCUCGAAGUCUGUGAACGAGACGGUGAAUGGGUCGCACCAGUUCACUAUCAAGGGGUAUUCUUUCGCGAAAGGUAUGGGGUCCGGAAAAUGCAUUUCCAGUGAUAUUUUCACGGUGGGUGGUUAUGAUUGGGCAAUUUACUUCUACCCGAAUGGCAAGAACCCAGAGGAUAGCUCCAUGUACGUUUCUGUGUUCAUUGCCUUGGCCAGCGAUGGUACAGACGUCAUGGCGUUAUUUGAGUUGACGUUGUUGGAUCAGAGUGGGAAAGGGAAGCAUAAGGUGCAUAGCCACUUUGAUCGUGCGCUGGAGAGCGGGCCAUAUUCGUUGAAGUACAAAGGGAGCAUGUGGGGUUAUAAGCGUUUCUUUAGGAGAACAAGUCUAGAAACUUCAGAUUAUAUAAAGAAUGACUGCCUCAUCAUGAACUACACCGUUGGAGUCGUUAGAACUCGUCUUGAAGGACCUAAGCAGUAUUCUAUUAUUGUUCCCCAAUCCAACAUGGGUCGGGGUCUGAAGGAAAUCAUGGAAGCUGAAGUUGGUUGUGACAUUGUGUUCCGUGUUGGUGAUGAAUCAUUUAGAGCUCAUAAGUUAAUCCUUGCUGCAAGAUCACCUGUUUUUAGAGCACAAUUCUUUGGACUAGUAGGGGAUCGUAACUUGGAUGAAGUUAUGGUGAAUGAUAUUGAUCCCACGAUCUUCAAGGCAAUGCUCCUGUUCAUUUACACGGACAAACUUCCUGAAGUGCAUGAUGUUAUGAGCUCGUCUUCAUCCACAAGCACGUCUACCAACAUAAUACAACACUUGUUAGCUGCUGCCGAUCUGUACAACUUAGAUCGCUUGAAAGUGCUAUGUGAAUCAAAGCUAUGUGAGGAGCUAUCGGCUGUAUCAGUGGCCACAACACUGGCGCUGGCUGAGCAGCAUCAGUGUGUCCAACUCAAAGAAGUCUGAUUGAAAUUUGCGGCGUAUCCAACAAACUUGGGAGGUGCGUGUUUUUCGUAGGGCACUGAACAGUACAAGUUUCAGGUUAUGUCAACUCCAUUGUUCUGCAAUGGUGACGCAAUAAGAAGGUUUCAGACAUUUGGAGCGGAGCUGCCCGGCAUUAGUGUGCGAGUUGUUGAAGACACUUGCCUCAGCUGAUGAGAACUCAAACAUGCAUCCUAGUAGGAAGAGAGGCGGCACCAGCAUAUACAACUUAGACAUUGCUGCAAUAGGGGGAGCUGCAGAUGAUGGGGCUAUGGCAGAAUCUAGUAAUCCGAACAUGAGGCGGGUGAGAAGGCGGUUCUAGGCGUACAUGU